AUGCACAACAAGGCGGCGUUCUUUAACACCGAGAAUCCAAACUCCACUGUCCAUCACUUAUCGUGUGACCAGAUGGUCUGCCUGGAGAAUACGAUACUACAUGGGAUUCUGGUUGACACUGUGACGGCCACCUAUCGCCCAGAAAAUAAUGACAUUGAAAAACGCCUGUACAGUGGAGCAGAAAAUCCGAGCCCAAUAAUGGACUUAUUAGAGCAAGUUAUGGCAAUGCGUGCUUCUGGUCACGUUAGGGUGUAUAUUGAGCGAGAUACUGAUCUUUCUGCUCUACAUAAUGUGAUUAAGAUUUUGCUGGUACACAACUCCAAAGUGACCAAUGUGACAUUCCACGUGACCCCCGAUGCCAACAAGGACUACAUCAACGAGGGUAUUCAACGUAAGAUAGAGAACUGGGCCGGCUCGGCGUGUCCCACGCGCAGUAGGGUGGCCAUUUCUCCGUUCACAGUGGAUGAUCUGCCUCACCACCGCGUGCGUCGCAGUUUAGAGAACAGCAAAGCCAGAAACGACAUGAAACGUGACCUUCACCACUGGGAGUUGAACUGGUUAAUGCGGAACUGAGACACCGAUG